AUGGCACCUCUCAUCACCAACAUCUACACUGCCGACCCCUCGGCCCACGUCUUCGAGGGCAAGAUUUACAUCUACCCGUCGCACGACCGCGAGACCGACAUCCAGUUCAACGACAAUGGCGACCAGUACGACAUGGCCGACUAUCACGUCUUCAGCACCGAGUCGCUCGACCCGGCCGCCCCCGUGAUCGACCACGGCGUCGUGCUCAAGACCGAGGACAUCCCCUGGGUGUCCAAGCAGCUGUGGGCCCCCGACGCCGCCUACAAGAACGGCAAAUACUACCUCUACUUCCCCGCCCGCGACAAGCAGGGCAUCUUCCGCAUCGGCGUCGCCGUCGGCGACCGCCCCGAGGGCCCCUUCACUCCGGACCCGGAGCCCAUCAAGGGCAGCUACAGCAUCGACCCGGCCACCUUUGUCGACGACGACGGCCAGGCCUACAUGUACUUUGGCGGGCUCUGGGGCGGCCAGCUGCAGUGCUACCAAGGCGGCAACGACGUCUUUGACGCCUCGUGGCAGGGACCCAAGGAGCCCUCGGGCGAAGGGGUGUGCGCGCUGGGCCCGCGCGUGGCCAAGCUGACGGACGACAUGCGCCAGUUCGCUGACGAGGUGCGCGAGGUGGUGAUCCUGGCGCCAGAGACGGGCGAGCGCAUCGCCGCCGACGACCACGACCGCCGCUUCUUCGAGGCUGCCUGGAUGCACAAGUACAACGGCAAGUACUACUUCAGCUACUCGACCGGCGAUACCCACUACCUCUGCUACGCCGUCGGCGACAGCCCGUACGGACCUUUCACGUAUGGCGGCCGGAUCCUCGAGCCCGUGCUGGGCUGGACCACGCACCACUCGAUUGUCGAGUUCCAGGGCCGCUGGUGGCUGUUCCACCACGACUGCGAGCUCAGCAAGGGCGUCGACCACCUGCGGUCCGUCAAGGUCAAGGAGAUCUUUUAUGACAAGGACGGCAAGAUUGUGACCGAGAAGCCCGAGUAG